UAAGAUCAAAACAGGAAAUCUCGAAUGGGUUUUUCUCGCGUUAAUAUGCGAGAUUUAAUAUUCCUGAGGGAAAGGUGGGGGUGAGAUGACUAAAGGCGACAGUUUUCAUGUGACUAUUAAUAGAGGGAGACAUAUUUCCCUGUAAUGCAAACCAAACUUUUUCACAAUGAAUUCCUUGCGGAGAUGGCUGUACAGACCAAAGAAAACUGAUACUUCACUGCUGGCAAAGUUCUUUUUUGCUGAUGAAGAACUCAAUUUUGUGGCUGCUGAGCUGGACAGCUUUGAUGGAAGGAAAGACCCAGAGAGAUGUACAACCUUAGUAAAUAAACUGAGAAACUGUCAGGACAAAGUCCUUGUUAUAAUACAAAAGAUCAUUGAUGAAGCUGUUGGAAAUCAGAAGGCAAGCAGGGACUAUCGAGUCAAGUUUCCUGAUGAUGUCCAGCAGGAAAAUCUGGCAGGACAGCUCUGGUUUGGAGCUGAGUGCCUGGCUGCUGGGUCAAGUAUCAUGAACCGAGAAGUAGAAAGUGCAAGUAUGCGACCACUAGCCAGGGCUCUUACAAAGAAUCUAGAUAGUCUGAGGACACUGCUUAGGGAGCAGUGUCUACGCAACCUCAACACUUACACUGAAAGGAUCAAAGAAGCAUUAAUCAUAUUUGACAAAUUGUUUGCCGAAUUUGAAUUAAGAUAUGUAAGUGCCAUGGUACCAGUAAAGAGCAUGAAGGACUAUGACCUGUUACAGGAGAUUACAGUGCUGUUCUCUGAAACUGUACAGAGGGCGUUAAAACAGAAGAUGUUGAGUCAGGAGACGAUAGAUGACUAUGACCCAGCACUCAUGUUUACCAUUCCCCGGCUGGCCAUGAUCAGUGGAUUGCUGGUGUUUCCAGAAGGUCCCCUCAAUCCUGAUAUGCAGCCAUCUAAUAUGUCCGAGAUGUUCAGGCCAUUUCAGACACUUUUACUGAAAAUAAGAGAACUGCUUUACACCCUCUCCCCUCAGGAACUACUAGCUCUCGAGAAGGCUUUGUGUAGUGCUGACGAGCCCGAAACGUCAACAUCUACCCUUACAAGCCAGAUAUCUCAGACAGAUCCUGGUUUUGAGGACAGCUUAGAUCCGGCAGGGUCCAGCUUGUUUCCAGACGGAAGUGUCAAGCUAGAAGACUUGGGCAACAUUCUUCAUCACACUCCGAACUCAGGGAAGUCCGGUCACCCCAAUUACUCCUAAUUGAUCCGGGGACUUCGGAUUUUCCCUGUGUUUCCAUCAACAUCACAAUCUCCCGGGCAGUUCAACACACAAGACCAUGAUGCCUCCCCAACAGGGACAUUGAUUAGUUCUUUGGAAGAGAAAGAUGAAUCCGUAACUUCCAGUUUGAAUAAAUCUGAGAGUAGGGAUUCUGGACUUCAUAGUGAAAAUGUUAGUACAUCCGAAACUGUGGAAACAGGGGCUGUGCCUGCGAAUGAUAAUAACAGUAUGGAUCAGGCUUCUGGUUAUGCUUCCUCAGAUGGAAGAGCUCGUGAUGUAACUUCAACCAGUAGCUCUGGGGAUGAUACGCAAAACAUUUGUAUGAAAAGUUGUUGCUUUCCUGAAAAUGAUGUGUGCGUUUUAUGUAGGAAGAUCUUGGAUGAGAUGGUUGACCAAGUGUUGGAUGGCUUGUCCGAACAACCUCCCCGGUUGGGACGCCAGCACAGUUGUCCCUAUAACCUGGAUUUUGAAAUUCCAAGAAUAUCUGUUGCAGAACUACAUCCAGAUAAUCCUUCAGCAUCCGAGGAUUUGGAUUGUGGUCCAGACGACAGUUCUGAGAGACAAAAGUUGUACAACUCAAACUGGGAACACUGUGGAAGUGUAACAAACGAUUCCAGUAACUUUGACAUGUCUGGCCGUUGUGAUAAAGACCAGGAUGUUAGUUCAUCAAGGAUCUGUUCUGCUAAAAAUUGUGAUAAAUGUUGUACACCUAGCAGUAACACUGCUUCAUGUACCAAUUCCUGUGAUAUUUAUGUUGCCUGUCCCAGCUGUGGUAAGAGAACGAGAAGUGAUACCGAGGACACGAGUAUCUGUGGGGACACAAGCAGCAGUGAUUCCAGUGGAAGUGCUUCUUCUGUGACCAACACUUGUAACUUGUGUCAAGGCACUGUUGAGAGUGCCGAUUCAGAUAGCUCCUCAUCUGACAAUAUUUGCAAUUGUGAUCCUGGGACUGGAAGUAGUGCGAGUAAGCACAGCGAUUCAGUGAACAAUAUUUCUCCUAGUUCCACCUGUCAACAUUCCUCUGAAAGGCUGUCAACUUCUCAAAUUGGACUUUCACAUUCACCUCAUGGGGCUGAUCACAGCCCAACAAGGUCAACUGGGGAUUCUUCUGUAAAUAUAAGUAAUACUUUGAUUGACCGCCCCCGGUCACCACUACCACGACCUACUCGAUCACCUAUUCACACAAAGACAGAAACGGCAGUUGACACUGGUCCGAGAGAUCAGACCCCUUCAACCUCAGGUAGCAAUAUACUUGAUAUGCCUAGAAUACAGAGACUGCGAUACACAGACAGUGCCAGUUCUAGCGUCUCCAGUUGCCUUAGUAACAAUGAAAACGAAUGGGAUAGCAGUGAAGGGAGCAGUGAGACAAGUUCCUACAACUCGGAAUGCCCAGACGAGGAGGAGAUAGCGCUGGCCAUCCAGGCGGCAGAGAUUGCGUCACGUACUGAGGCUCGCUCACGAUUCAGCAGCAGUAGAGAUCUUAUCCACAGGCUGUUUGUCUGUAUAGCUGGUGUGGCAGACCAGCUUCAGACGAAUUAUGCUGGAGAUCUUCGCCACAUCCUCAAGUGUGUGUUUGCGAUGAACUCCUCCGAGCCUCCGUUAUUAGAGGAACGUCAGGGCAAGUCCACAAGUCCCCGAAUCAUCCACACUGGUGUCCAGAAUCCCCCCAGAGAGCACCAUCACCGCAGUACGCCCCACCGACAUCGUCGCAGGACAAGGGUCAGAGAGCCUCCAAACUGGGUUCCCGAUGACCACACCACCAUCUGUACUUCCUGCAAGACACCUUUCACAUUUGUACGUCGACGCCAUCAUUGCCGUAACUGUGGAAAGAUUUUCUGCAGUAGGUGUUCUGCGAAUGCUGUCCCCCUACCUCACUACGGACAGGUCAACCCAGUGAGAGUUUGUAACCGAUGCUUCAUGUUUCAAGUGACACCAUUCACAGUGUCCAGCGAGUGAAAUACCAUUGACUGACAAGUGUCUAAUGAAUCAUCAUAAAACUCUAAUAAGAAACAAUAUAUGAAUAGCAAAAUAGAUGCUUAUUUAAGGUAGAGUGUCCACAACUUUUCUUUACGUAUUUAAGGUAGAGUGUCACAACACUUUUCUUUACUUAUUCAAGGUAGAGUGUCCAACACUUUUCUAUACUUAUUUAAGGUAGGGUGUCACAACACUUUUCUAUACUUAUUUAAGGUAGAGUGUCACAACACUUUUCUAUACUUAUUUAAGGUAGAGUGUCCAGCACUUUUCUAUACUUAUUUAAGGUAGAGUGUCCAACACUUUUCUAUUCUUAUUUAAGGUAGAGUGUCACAACACUUUUCUUUACUUAUUUAAGGUAGAGUGUCACAACACUUUUCUUUACGUAUUUAAGGUAGAGUGUCCCAACACUUUUCUAUACAUAUUUAAGGUAGAGUGUCCCAACACUUUUCUUUACGUAUUUAUGGUAGAGUGUCACAACACUUUUCUUUACGUAUUUAUGGUAGAGUGUCACAACACUUUUCUUUACGUAUUUAAGGUAGAGUGUCACAACACUUUUCUUUACGUAUUUAUGGUAGAGUGUCACAACACUUUUCUAUACUUAUUUAAGGUAGAGUGUCCAACACUUUUCUUUACUUAUUUAAGGUAGAGUGUCCAACACUUUUCUUUACGUAUUUAUGGUAGAGUGUCACAACACUUUUCUUUACUUAUUUAAGGUAGAGUGUCACAACACUUUUCUUUACGUAUUUAAGGUUGAGUGUCCAACACUUUUCUUUACUUAUUUAAGGUAGAGUGUCACAACACUUUUCUUUACGUAUUUAUGGUAGAGUGUCCAACACUUUUCUUUACUUAUUUAAGGUAGAGUGUCACAACACUUUUCUUUACUUAUUUAAGGUAGAGUGUCACAACACUUUUCUUUACUUAUUUAUGGUAGAGUGUCCAACACUUUUCUUUACUUAUUUAAGGUAGAGUGUCACAACACUUUUCUUUACGUAUUUAUGGUAGAGUGUCACAACACUUUCUAUACUUAUUUGAGGUAGAGUGUCACAACACUUUUCUUUACUUAUUUAUGGUAGAGUGUCACAACACUUUUCUAUACUUAUUUGAGGUAGAGUGUCACAACACUUUUCUUUAGGUAUUUAUGGUAGAGUGUCACAACACUUUUCUAUACUUAUUUAUGGUAGAGUGUCACAACACUUUUCUUUAGGUAUUUAUGGUAGAGUGUCACAACACUUUUCUUUACUUAUUUAAGGUAGAGUGUCACAACACUUUUCUUUACUUAUUUAAGGUAGAGUGUCACAAUACUUUUCUUUACUUAUUUAAGGUAGAGUGUCACAACACUUUUCUAUACUUAUUUAUGGUAUAGUGUCCAACACUUUUCUAUACGUAUUUAAGGUAGAGUGUCACAACACUUUUCUUUACUUAUUUAAGGUAGAGU